CGAGCGAGCUCGGCACUUCUCUCGUGAGGAGCUUCUCGAGAAGUUGAGGGAACGGCGGCUAUGGAAGCACAGGAAGAGAAAGAGGCGCAGGUUGCUGCGUGGUUGAAAAAAAUAUUUGGAGAUCACCCCAUUCCGCAAUAUGAGGUGAAUCCUCGGACCACGGAGAUUUUACAUCACCUUUCAGAACGCAACAGAGUCCGGGACAGGGAUGUCUGCCUGGUAAUAGAGGACUUGAAACAGAAAGCAAGCGAAUAUGAAGCAGAAGCCAAGCACCUUCAAGACCUUCUCAUGGAAAGUGUGAAUUUUUCCCCUGCCAAUCUGUCUGGCGCUGGUUCUAGGUACCUGAAUGCUUUGGUUGACAGUGCAGUGGCCCUUGAAACAAAGGAUUCCUCACUAGCUAGUUUUAUCCCCGCAGUGAAUGAUUUGACGUCUGAUCUUUUCCGUACCAAAUCCAAAAAUGAAGAAAUCAAGCUUGAAUUGGCGAAACUUGAAAAAAAUCUAACUGCAACUUUAGUGUUGGAAAAAUGUCUACGAGAGGAUCUAAAGAAGGCAGAGUUGCAUCUGUCUACGGAAAGGGCCAAAGUUGACCAUCGUCUUCAGAACAUGGAUUUCCUAAAAGCAAAGUCGGAGGAGUUCAGAUUUGGAAUCAAAGCUGCAGAGGAGCAACUUUCCACCAGAGGCAUGGAUGCUUCUCUGUCUCACCAGUCCCUCGUAGCGCUCUCAGAGAAAUUGGCAGAACUAAAACGACAGACAAUACCUUUGAAGAAAAAAUUGGAGUCCUAUUUAGAUUUAAUGCCGAAUCCGUCGCUUGCUCAGGUGAAAAUUGAAGAAGCAAAGCGGGAACUAGAUACCAUUGAAGCUGAGCUUACAAAGAAAGUAGAUAUGAUGGAACUGUGACCAGAGUCCAGUAAGCUUCAUCGUCCCUAACAAAGUAAAUUGAAUAGGACUUGAAAGAAUUGUUUCCUCUCCUGUGCCUUAAUAAUUUAACACCUGUAUAAUAAUGUCACUGUUGAUGGAACAGUGGUUUCUGGUUGUGUAUUGCAUUUCUGUGCCCAAAUACACAGUUUUCAUAUUACAAACUGUUGUGGGUUUUCUAUGUUGCUGACAGUUAAGUGUCCCUCGGUGGGUCUCUUUGGUGAACAUUAUGACAGUUGUCAUGCAGUCACUUGUGAGGCCAACUAAGUGAAGAGUUCUGUAACUCAACUUACGUUUCUCCCCAGCCCUCCCUCUAGGGUUUUGCUGCCUUCCUUCUGAUCAAUCACCUGCCUACCUCCAGAUGUUAAUAUAUGCAGGAAUUUAGUUGAAAGAGAUGACCUUUUAAAUGAGUAGUAGAGAGACAGAUAAUUCAACCCAUGGUGCUAUAUCCUUAUUUCAUGCCUUAUGUCAGGAUAAUCCCAAGGAUCAAAGAUUUAAAUGUUUAAAAAAAAAAAAAAAGACAGUAAGAGAAACCAGGGAAAAGCUUUAAUGUUUUGACUUUUAAAUAAUCAUAGAGUCAAUAACAGAGGACCCAAAUCCAGGAGCCAUAAAUGAAAUGAUAGAAUUAUUUGAAAAUUUGGACUAAAAAAUUCCUACAUGGCAAGAUCUUUUAUAAGUAAAAUCAAAGGCCGUUACAACCGUGGUAUAGGGAAAAAGAAGGAGAAAGUUUUCAUUGUGUUCCUUUUUGUACUUUGAAAAAUUUUGUACCGUGUGAUUAAGAAGCAACAAGUUUAAUUAAAUUUAUUU